GGAUCAUACAAGAUGCCUACGGUGACAAGGUAGCCUUGGGCGUCGGCAGGCUCUAUGGGGGUGUCGCAGUUUCAGCUCCGCUGGACGCUGUGAUCUGUGUUGAAAACGCGGAAAAUCAGUGAAGACACUUCGAGUGCAUCGCUAGUAGUAACAGGUGCCUUACUAGUAGUAACAAGAAGCUACUAGGAACAGGUGCAUCGCUAGUAGUAAUCAGUGAAGAGCUCUUGCCGACGAAGAUUUGGCCUUCCAGGAGAACCCCAUUUUCAGCUGUGAAACGCGAGACUUUCUGACUGGAAGAGCAGGCGCAGGCAACUCUGGCAGCGCUCAAUGUCCACUGCUUUUACGCACAAACCAACGCAUAUCUUGUUUAAUUGCUUCGGUGGCAUCAAUCGCGUGUGUACAAGUAUGAUAAAACACGUGCAAGCGGACGUUGACUCCAUUUUUGUCCUUGUUACUGUGCUUAGGUUGCAAUGUGUCCGUCAGACCGUACACACUGCCGAGGCCCUUGCCACGCUUGGCUUGCAGUACGGCCAGCCAGAGGUGGACGACAUCCUUGAGUACUGCACUGUGACAGACGACGGCUAUGUCCAUUAUAAGGAGUUGCACUACGUUUUGUCACCAGACCAACCACGUGCUAAACAAAGCAGUAUGAAGACAACAAUUUAUCCCACAGAGGCUUUGGACCAUGGCGCUUCAAAGGGUCGCAGCGGGUUUUUCGCAGCCAAGACAGAGGACAUCCGCAAGGUCUUUGCUUUGUGGGAGAAGGGCCGCAUCUCUUCAGAGCAGUUCAAGGAAGCCUUGCAAGCUUGCGGGGCACCUAUGACAGCUGAGCUGGAUCGUUUGCUUCUCACGUAUGGCCCUGCUAGAGCCAUGCCCUUUAGUAAGCUGAUGUACGCGUUGCAAAUCGAUGCCAACGACGGCCGUAGAGCUCGGAACGCGCUUGGUGUGGCCGCUGACAAGGACCCAGUGCCAGGUGCAGGUGCUACAACGGCGUCGGAGAAGCCGCGCUUCCAUGGCCUGACGACCAAACCAACAAGGAGCGAGGACUUGGCCAAUCCAUCCUCCCUUCGACAGGCAAUUUGUGAUUUCGUUGACGGUCACAUUCCGGCUGUGACCUUUCGCCUGCAGUUGCAGCGUUUUGGAGUUCUGUUCACGCCUGACUUGGACAAGAUGAUUCGAACGCAUGAGGGUGACAGCUCCGUCCGGUUUCAAGACUUUGCCCGCUUGAUGCUCCGUCAGGACAAAGCUGUUCCGUCAGGCUCUGCAACCCCCAGCGGAUACCAUAGUGUGACACCCCGCAGUGAUGCUAUGUUUGCUCGCAGCCCUGCCAGCUCACAAAGUGCGCCUUAUGCGCAUGAUCUACCUGAACCGGAGAUUGGGGCCCGCCUUUCAGCAAUUUCGGUGGCACCCCCGUAUGCGACGGAGGAUGGAGACGAUAGAGGCGAUUCGGUGAUUCCUCUUCCAAGACAUCACGCACAAGGUCGAGACAUCCUGGGUUGGAACCAUGCAGAGGAGAAGAGCGCAAAACUUGGGCGGCGGCACAUGCCAACCGCUUCCUCAGGCCAAAGCUUUCUGCAGUGGGCCGAAAAGCAGGAGGAUGAACAACGUCCUGGAAGGCG